AUGGCAGGUCGAGAUAUAGUUGGACCAGCUGCUCUACUAUUCGAAUCGUUGGAUAAUUUGUUUCGAAGUAUUGUCAAAGUUGUAGAUGAACAAUAUGUGAAAUCGUCGGUGAAUUUCGACGAUGAUGAGUCUAUGCAUUUGUUCAAAUUGCUGAGAGGACCGAUGCCUACACUUAUCUUCUUACACUUACUAAUAACUGUGUUUAAUGCAAGUUGUCUACUUUCGGGACUGAUUUGUCGUGCAAACUAUUUUACGAAAUUUAACAUUGUUUUUAUGGGUUUACUUCUGAUUAUGGAUGCUGGUGUGUUUUUAACCUUGAUUUAUGUAAAUCAUAGAACGCAUCUAACGAAAUUCGUACAAGAAUUACAAACAGUUCAAACAAAGUAUUCGGGCGCUGAAACAGAUAAUUUUCCAACCUUACUAUUCAAUUACAUACAUCAACAUUUGAAUUGCUGCGGUAUUCAUAGUUAUACUGAAUGGUUUAAUUCAACUAUAAAUUGGAAAAGAGAAGUGACUUAUAAUAAUGUAACUUAUAAAAUUGUUUUACCUAUUAGCUGUUGCCCAAAUCUAACCAUUGGUCACUUACCGGACUGUGCGCAGUUGAACACCUCUCACCAACCAUUUACUCAAGGCUGUGGGGAACUAUUGUUGCAGCAUACUCUUUUCAGCACUACAAAUAUUCCUGAAAGACUGUAUACACUGCUAUACUUUGUUGCCCAUGUUCUAACGAUAUGUGUAUAUGUUAUCAAGAAGGAUUUAACGGAACAAAAAGGCAAAAAUUUAUUCCUCUACCAUGAAGGCGGUUUUUGUGAAAGUGAAAAACCAAUAAAUGGGAUUACAACGAUUACAUUUAAUACCGAUAAUAAAGCAGAAAUGGACCCAUUCGCUCCCACUGGUAUUUCAGCAUACACCAAUGAACACAUGCAACCGCAUAAAAGUGACAGUGCUUUUUACUAA